GGUGGGUGGGGGCAAUUCCGGCAAAGCGAGAAAAUCAUUUGGAUAAAUUGGUAUUUUUAUAUCGUUACACUAGGUCUGUGUGUUUGCAUCUUGACGACGCCUUCUCUCAUUUGUUCUUCUCCCGAUUCUUUGGUGUUAAUAACAGUAGCAAAGUUAGUCUGGACAGUGAAACCAUGGCAACCAAAGAAGAUGUGCAAGAUCCCAGAAUCCCCAAGAUCGCAUCUUCCAUUAGAGUCAUCCCCGACUUCCCUAAACCAGGGAUCAUGUUUCAAGACAUAACGACGCUGCUUCUGGACACUGAGGCCUUUAAGGACACCGUUGAUAUUUUUGUUGAAAGAUACAAAGGCAAAGGCAUCUCUGUUGUUGCUGGUGUGGAAGCAAGAGGUUUCAUUUUUGGACCUCCCAUUGCGUUGGCUAUUGGUGCCAAAUUUGUUCCCAUGAGGAAGCCCAAGAAGCUUCCUGGGAAGGUGAUCUCGGAGGAGUAUUCUUUGGAGUAUGGAACAGAUAAGAUAGAGAUGCAUGUAGGUGCUGUUGAGCCUGGUGAGCGUGCUAUCAUCAUUGAUGACCUCAUUGCCACUGGUGGCACUCUCGCUGCUGCUAUCCGUCUCCUUGAGCGAGUAGGAGUGACGAUUGCUGAGUGUGCUUGCGUCAUUGAGUUACCUGUGCUCAAGGGAAGGGAGAAGCUAGGAGAGACGCCACUUUUUAUUCUUGUCACCUCUGAUGCUGCUUAACAAGAAGUAACCACCCUAUAAGGACAUAAUGGGGUUUUAUUAUUGGAAUCAUAUCAAACAUGUUAUUUUUCAUUGUAUUGCUUUUGGGAUUUGAUCCUUUGUUAUUCUCAACUUUAUCAUAAUUGCCUCAGACAAGAAACUCGAGCAAAAUGAUGGUCUCAUUCUUUCUUCUCAUAUUUUAUUGCAUGAUUGGUUUCGCUUA